UGACAUAUUCAGGGAUAAUACAUGUUGAAUCGUCUUUAUGAACAUGAAAGUAGUCUCAUCAACAUCAUAUAAACAUUCUUAUAUUCAGGAUUUAUAUCAGGAAGGGCAUUCAUAUUGGCCUAUGCAAGAUAAAAACAAAAGGAAAAAAACUACCUAAUUGUAAAGCUUCAAUUUGUAAAUGCAGUUUUUCAGCUAUGAUAGUUUUACAAUCUCACAUUUACCCAGGAUAUGAUUGCCAAAAUAAAUUUUCUGAAAAAUGUAGAUUAUUAAAUGUUCUGUUUAGUCACCACACCUGUCAUGAUUUGCCUGUUUUUCUGCCCUAAGACUCUUAUUUUGAUGUUCACAGUUCCUGCGUUAAGUUCCUGUUUCACCUGUUUCAUCCCUUGGUUACACUGAAAAAAAAAAAAUGGUGUAGAAACAAUUUUAACUUCUAAUUUUAAUUUCUAGUAAAUUUCAGUUACAAAGAUGCAGCAAGUAACACAUUGAAUCAAACAUUACCUUUUUAAGUAGAAAAACUCAAAUAGUAUUUUCUUGUCAAAUGUUCCAGUAAUCUUUGUUUUAUUUACUACUUUGAAAAAUAUUUUUUACAGUGUACUAAGCAUUCCAUUGCUUGUUACUAUUGUUACUUAUUUAGUCCAAACUCUUAAAAAUAAAGGUUCUUUAUUGUCAUAUGUUCCAUGAAGAACCUUUAACAUCCAUGAAACCUUUCCAUUCCACAAAAGGUUCUUUUUAAAAUGUUCUUUACAUGAAAAAAAAAAAAAAAAAAAAAGAAUCGUUCUUCUAAAAACUGUAGGUUUUUUGAAAAAAACAAAACAACAAGGUUCUUUGACAAAUCAAAAAUGGUUGGCUCAUAGUUUUGGAACAUUUAUUUUUAAGAGUGCACCUGUGUCUUAUUUAGUUCCUCAUUUACCCCUUUAUAUCUAGCCCUGUGGCUCUCUUUAGUUUGUUCAUUAUUGACUUGUUUUGGUGCGGUUUCCCUUGAAUAAGUAUCUUCAUCUUCUAGGAUUAUCUUCUUGUUUUGUUAAUUUAAUAAAAGUUUUGCUGCACUUAGAUCUUCUACUCAACUCUUCCCUGUGUGUUACGUAAUGUGGUAGUAGUAAAUCACACGAGGAGGAAGAAUACCAGGAGAUAGGCUUUGAUAGCAAAAACACAGGAACAGGAUAAACAUGGGAAAAAUACACAGUUACAUUAACCAGAUCGGACAAAGACUGAGGGAGAACACAAGGUAUAAAUACAGACGGGCUAACUAGAUAACUAAUGAGAGACGACAGGUGAACUAAAUGACAAACAGAUAGGAGAAAAGUGGGUCAUAGGACUAAACCAAAAACACAAUGGAGGGAGACACCGAAUAGACAUGUAACACUGCUGCACUGAUACCAACAACUUACACCUUCAACAUAGGCCAUGAUGACGUGCGAGUGUAACUUUCAGUAUGGGCUAAAUCAAAUUAUGAGGUUUUUGUCCCUUAUGGCCGCUCAUACAUCAGCUCUUCUACUCUGGCGCUUACAUCAGAGGCGUGCUCGUGCGCUCGCGACACUCCCAACACAGACAGGCUCGAGUGUGCUGCUUGCAGAGCUGACGCAUCGGUGUUUGUGCAGUUCAGCUGCAGACAGGGCAUCCAUGGCAGAGGAACCUUUAGUCACUGCAGGGAACAACUUCCCGUUGGAUUACCGACAAGAGCCAGAUGUUACGUGUUCCAGACGGGACUCUCAUGGGCGCUUUGUAAACCCUUGGACGACAUGGCAGUUCCCCUCCUACAGUACCAUGGCUCGCCUGUUCCUCACGGAGAAGAACAACAGUAAUGUGCCCAGUGUCAAAGAGGUUCUGGACCGCGAGUUGCCGGUUCUGGAGCCGUAUUUCGUCCAGAGCCCGGAUCAGGCUGGGCAGACAGGCCCAUCUGUGCAAGCGACCUGGCUGGGUCAUGCCACUGUUCUGGUGGAGAUGGAAGGACUGGUGGUUCUGACUGAUCCCAUGUUCAGCCAGAGAGCCUCUCCAGUGGCAUUCAUGGGCCCGAAGCGUUUCCGUGGCCCGCCUUGCACUAUAGAACAGAUUCCUCGCCUGGACGCUGUGGUGAUCAGUCAUACACACUACGAUCAUCUUGACGCAGACUCUGUGGCAGCGCUGAACGUUCGCUUCGGGUCUGGUUUGCACUGGUUUGUGCCGCUUGGGUUGACCGAAUGGAUGCGGAAGGCAGGCUGUGAAAAUGUCACGGAGCUGGACUGGUGGGUGGGGAGCCAGAUUCCAGGGCACGACAGUGUCAAGUUUUUUUGCACGCCGGCACAGCACUGGUGCAAACGCUCGCCUGUGGAUGACAACAAAGCAUUAUGGGGUAGCUGGACUAUCGUAGGGCCCCAUUGUCGUUUCUUCUUCGCUGGGGAUACGGGAUACUGUUCAGCGUUUAAGGAGAUCGGAAAACGCUUCGGACCGUUUGACCUGGCUGCCAUCCCGAUAGGAGCGUACCUGCCCAGAGGGAUCAUGAAGUCUCAGCAUGUGGACCCUGAAGAGGCUGUUCAGAUUCACAUUGACAUUCAGGCGAAAACAUCACUGGCCAUUCACUGGGGGACAUUUGCUUUAGCCUAUGAGCAUUAUCUUGAGCCUCCAGCACGUUUGCGCGAGGCUAUGGUGAAUCAUGGACUGAAUCCUGAUCAGUUCUUCACGCUCCAUCACGGAGAGUCACGGAUGAUCAACCACAAGGACACGCACUCGUCCAGCUAAACCAAAACCCAAGAAGUAUGCAGUCUCACAUAUAUGAUUAUGCUUUAAACAGGCUGCAUUUUUAUAUAUUGUUUUGAUGUGCUGAUCCAGUGGCUGGACUCUGGAUUUAAUGCAAAAUGAAUGUUAAAAAAAAUGUAUUAGAUUUCUAUUUUGUUUAAUAUAAUUUGUCAUUCAAAUAUCAUGGUAUGGCCAUAAUAAAACAACAUCUGAGUUUAA